AAAAAGAGAAAAUCGAGGUCAAAAUAGAAGAAGUUACACACAGCGAGUGGAGAGUGAGUGAAAGACCCAACCGAGGAAAAAAACCCCAAUUCGUCCACCGGCGCAAAAAAAAUGUCCACCGCCACCUCCGCCGCCGCAUCCCACCACGAUCCAUCAUCCGGAUCCAUCGACCCUCUCUUCCACGUCAUCCAAAUCCUCCCGUUCUCCUUCCUCCGCCCGCCGCGCCUCCGCCUGAAGCUGCCGACCUUCACCCUCCCAUCCGCAAUGACAGUCUACUCCCUAAUCCUCCUCACCUACUUCAUGGUCGUCUCCGGAAUCGUCUACGACGUCAUCGUCGAGCCACCCGGCAUCGGAUCCACUCAGGACCGGUUCACCGGCGCGGUCCGACCGGUCGUCUUCCUCCCGGGUCGGGUCAACGGUCAGUACAUCAUCGAGGGGCUGUCGUCCGGAUUCAUGUUCAUGCUCGGCGGAAUCGGGAUCGUGCUCCUGGAUCUGGCGAUGGAUAAAAAUCGGGCGAAGAGUGUGAAGGUAUCGUAUGCUUCAGCUGGUGUUGCGUUCGUCGUGAUUUCUUAUGUUAUGAGUAUGCUCUUUAUCCGCAUUAAGAUCCCUGCUUAUCUUCGCUGAUUCAGUUCUAAUUUUUCCUUCUUUUUUUUUCGGUUUACAAUUUGUAUAACGAUGGAUUUUAGCAACUUUUUCGAUUAAUGCGACUCUUAUUUAUGAGAUUUAUAUAUAAUACUACGGAUUAGGGGAAGGUUAAAUUUGAUU